AAUCACUUUGUGGAUUUCUAACAGAUCAUGGGAUCGGCUAUGGUGGCGCUUGGUAUCGCCCUCUCGAUACUUUUGGAAGAAAAGAAAGAAGAGAUUGAUAAGUUUACAUUAAUAGAAAAUCUAGGACAUGUUGGGAAGCUCUUAGCCGCUGCAUAUUUUAAACAAUGAAAAACUAGAAGAGUUUUUAUAUCCCCGGUAAUCAGUAAACCAUUGAGAGUGGUUAUCGAUAACUCAAAACCAGGCAGUUUCCUGUAUGGUUCAGAAUUACAGUCAAAAAUCAAAGAUGCGAAAUCAAUCGAAAAAAUUUGCAGCGAUUUAAAGAUCAAGCCUCAAGAGAAACAAGUUCCGGAGAAGUACACGAAGAAGCUGGUAAACUGGAAGAGCCCGUCUGCAAAUGAUCGAAAAGCGACGCAGACGGGCAGCAACCAGCAAACCCUCAAUAUCGACCAAUGUUUCCUCAGAAGAAACAGACUCAGUCACAGACGAGAUACCGGGAUAAUCGAGAAGCUGCGGAGUGACGUCCAGCGGCGAAACGUUAGUGGUAAGGACCGUCGCGGGAAACUUGAAGCAGCAUAGAGAAGAAUGGGAAAAAAUAACAUCAGACACGUUUAUUCUACAAUGCGUGAACGGCUUUGAAAUCCCGUUGAUAUAACCAGUAUCACAGGGAAAUUAUCAAUACAAGCAUAAGUGGUCACUUUCGGAGAGAUUAGCGCUAAGAGAAGAAAUAGGAAGAUUAUUCAAAAUUAAAGCAAUCGAGCCAUGCCAGGCUUCGGAUGAUCAGUUUCUAUCGCCGUUUUUUUGACUCCAAAACCAGACGAUUCAAAACGAUUCGUCUUAAGUUUAAAAAGAUUAAACGAGUUUAUUUCCAAAGAGCAUUUCAAAAUGGAAGAUAUUCGAACAGCGACUAAAUUGCUUUCCUGUAAUGCCUACAUGGAUUCGAUUAAUUUGAAGGACGCCUAUUUUCGCGUGUCGUUACACAUAAAUAGUAGAUAUUUAGUGCGAUUUGAAUUCGAAAAUAUGAUUUAUGAAUUCACUUGUUUGGUUUCUGGGCUCCUUAUGUCCGUGGGUUUUCACAAAGAUCAUGAAGCCAAUUUUGAAUGUUCUCCGCUUAAUGCGGAGUGAAACAGAUAUUUCUAUGUAUCCGUGUGUCACACGUACGAGAGCUUGAAGCGAGGAAACUUUGCACCCAAAAAUCUCUGUACAGAAAGCACUAUCAAUAAAUUGAUGACAUAAACCUGAAGCCUUCGGAUAAAGUAACUUUCCCUGUGGUGCCGGAUUUUUGAAUUAUUGCUUAGGAGACAUAUAAAAUGUAGGUAAAAAUUGAUACUGACAGCCUACGGACCUGUCAUGACGACCCAACGAUACCUUUGCCGUAACCUGUCUCACACUUAUCGCACUAUUGCACAGAACUACGGACGAAAAUCGAAAAAAGGGCCAUGCAGGGAAAGUUCUACAUCUAUAACCCUAACACCAUUUCAAUGGGAAUUGUUGUGGUGUAGCCGUUUACGAGAUUUUUGGGUAUUAACAUAUUGAACUGUCAAUACGCAGAUUUUCCUCGCCUAAAACUAUAGUCGUUUACCGCUACGAGCGCUCGUGUAUCAAUGACGUCAAUAUGCAGGGUUGCCUAUUAUGUGCAGUGCGCGAACGUAAUAAUAUUUGCUUUUUCAUUGUUGCGUAAUACCUAUUUUUUAUUAAAUUUCUCAUUGAUAAAAUGCUCAAUUGUUUGAAUGGAAUAUGAGAUGCGUCUAUGCGUCUAAACUAAUAUGAAAUAAAUGUUAUAUCGAAGCUAGACUAUCUUGUAUAGACUAUCUUGUACUCGAACCAACGACCCCGCGAUCACUGGAUGCGAGUUUUGUUUUUUAAGACCUUAUUUUCAAAUAACGUAAUGUACAUAUACAUAUGGAAAAGAUAUAUCAAUAUAUAAACGUACUUGUGUAACAAUUUA